AGAGAGAGAUCCAGGGUUUUCAAGUCCCUGCUCCACGCUCCACCCCUGGUGUUCCUGCUUUCCAGGUCUUUGUCCCCGGAACUUACACUCACUCCUGGGUGUCCACUAGGGUUUUCUGCUCGCAUCUGGAUCCCAGUACGACUAGCAUACAGUCCAGAGUCCUGUCCUACAGAAACCACGGCCUCUCCAAGUUUGGAAAGAAAGCAAGAAAAGAAAGAAGAGAAAACACCUUCCCGGCAACUUUCCACCGUCUCCUCUCCUCCCGUGGUUUACACUUUCGUCGAAGCUGUGAAGCAGCAGUGUGUUUCUGAGAUUCCUGCCUGCAGUUUGAAAAAGUUUUUACGUGUUUUAAAACUGUUGUUUCGUUGCUUUUUCGUGUUUUUUCGAUUGAGUCUGGCACUCGAUAUUUAUCACACACACCCGUGCUUUCAAGCGGACGACAUUUGGACAGUGUUUAAGGUCGUUUUCGGUGUUUUUUCCUGCCUCAAAGUUUCAGAGGUGGCCUCAGAGCUGCUGCUGUGAAUGAAGUAUCUGUUGAGCUGAAGAAAUCAGCGCGUCUCCAUGAGGAAACUCAGCGUGGGAGUCGCUCAAACUUUGUCCUAGCUUACACACACACACACACCUGGGCGAUAAUAUAGAUAGCUUAGUUUUAUACUUUUUUUGUGCUGGUAACUUUGUAGUUUGCUUUAAACGGACAUAAAAUGAAGACGCUGUUGGUGUUGUGUGUGGUUUGCACGCUGGUUGUGUUGUCUGUGGCGGUGACUGCGGAGCAAAAGUUGAAAAACUGCAACGACGUCCGUGCUGCUUACAGCUCCAAAGGCUUCAACGUCAACGAUGUCCCCAACAAAGGAGUCAACGGAGCCCCCCUGAAAGUGUGUCCGCAGGGUUUCUCCUGCUGCACAGUGGAGAUGGAGGAGAAGCUGAGCCAGCAGAGCCACACGGAGAUCAAAGCUCCCGUCUCCAGGCUUAGCACCAACCUACAAUCCACCUUCAGACAGAGGCACGACCACUUUGACAAGUUUUUCCGUGAGCUUUUGAAAAAUGCAGAGGUCUCACUGCACAACAUGUUUGUGCGAACGUAUGGGAUGAUGUACGUGCAAAACGCAGAACUGUUCAAGAACUUCUUUGCGGCCCUAACUCGGUACUACGUGUCUGGCAGCGCUGCCGUCAACCUGGACUCUAUGCUGGCAGACUUCUGGGCCGACCUCCUGGAGAGGAUGUUUCGGCUGGUCAACGUGCAGUACGAAUUCAGCGACGCCUACAUGGAGUGCGUCAGCCGGCACACGGAGCAGCUGCAGCCCUUCGGCGAUGUGCCUCGCAAGCUCCGCAUCCAGCUGACACGGGCUUUUGUUGCUGCACGCACCUUCGUGCGCGGCCUGACACUCAUGCCGGAGGUGGUCAAUAAAGUUUCUACGGUCAGUGCCUCUCCCAGCUGUGUGCGAGCGGCCAUGAAGAUGUUGUACUGUCCCUACUGCUCGGGCCAAGUGGCCCUGAAACCCUGCCAGAAUUACUGUCUGAAUGUGUUGCGUGGGUGUUUGGCCAACCAGGCCGACUUGGACACGGAAUGGAACAACUUCCUCGAUGCCAUGCUUAGUCUAGCAGAGAGGCUUGAAGGUCCCUUUAAUUUUGAGUCGGUCAUGGAUCCCAUCGACGUGAAGAUUUCAGAUGCUAUCAUGAACAUGCAGGAGAACAGCAUGCAAGUGUCGCAGAAAGUUUUCCAGGGAUGUGGGCAGCCUAAACCAAGCAUGGCCUUCCGUUCCAAGCGCUCCAUCAAAGAUACAGGCUUUAACGGCCGCUUCCGCCCUUACAGUCCCGAUGCUAGGCCCACUACUGCUGCCGGGACGAGUUUAGAUCGACUGACAAGUGAUGUGAAGAAGAAGCUGAAACAUGCAAAGAAGUUCUGGUCCACAUUGCCAGAGACAGUGUGUGCAGGGGAGAGGAUCGCACCUGGGGACGAGUGCUGGAACGGAACAGCAAAAAGCAGGUACGAGUCAGUUGUCAUUGGCAAUGGCCUGGCCAAUCAGGUAUCAAACCCUGACGUGGACGUGGACAUCACAAAGCCUGACAUUGUGAUUCGCAGUCAGAUCGCAGUUUUGAAGGAAAUGACAAGCUGGCUCAAAGCUGCGCACAGCGGCAAUGACAUCUCUGUCGAUAACAGUGAGGAUGAUGACGAUGGCAGUGGAGGAGAGGAGAGCGGCAGCGGUUGUGACUCUCCGUCCUGCGACACAGACCAGGACAUCUACUUCUCCACUCCGCCGAACCCUGGCAAUCCUAGGGUCAAUCAAGUGGUGGUGGGCGAAGGUCCUUCGGGCGGGGGGGUUGUCUCACAGGGAAGCAUGGCGCUGGCGCUCUGCGGGCUGGCCCUGGCCCUGCUGGCUCCCCACUUGAGAUAAAACUUGGCUGGGCAGGAAGAGGAAGAGAACGAUCAGGAAUGACGGAGCGAAGGGGAAAACUGUCAGAGAGACUUUAAAAAGACUGCCUUCAGGACCUUGGACUGUCCGCCAUUGGGAGGGGGGGGGGGACUCUUCUUAAUAUUACAAUAACUUCACUUUUAAUUAUUUGUUUGUAUGUUUUUAAGGACAUCAGUGUACAGCAAUAUGAUUUUCUUCCCCAGAAAUCCCCCUUUUUCCCCCCAGAUAAACCUUUACUCCUUAUGGCUCUUUUGGAGCUACACUAUGGUUCUGCUUGCAGCGUUACAAACAUCAUAUAAUUGUCUUGUUUUGGCAAUUUAAUCUCAUAAUACAUAUUUGUGCCUUCUUCAAUGAUUGCCAUCUGAUAUUUUAAUAGUAAGCAAGAUGUUUGGUUGAACAUUGAGUGCCUGUGGUGGGACAUAUCUUCAUAUUUCUGAGGAUGUUCUGUCUCUCCAAAAUUCAGAGAUCAACUAGUCACGAAACAAUAUGAAUAUUAACCAUUCAUGACAAUAAUUUUUAUGUGCAUACUGUGAACGUUUGAGUCCGUGCAUUUAUACAUUUACACACAACAGCCAGUCAGAAAUGAUGAAGCUAGCUGUUGAUCUCUUUGGAGAGACGAUAAAAAUCUUGUCAAGUCUCAGAAAUACAGCGAGAGAAGUUGAAGCACAGGUGUUUAUAUUUGACCUGGGGAUGGAAUCAUUAUUUGAAGAGCUUUCAGGGCAUAUGCAUAUUGUAUGUCUGCUAUGAGCAUUAUCACAACCUAACUUUUAAUUUCCUUCAUUAAUUUUUUUUAAUUUAAUUUCUUCGGCUGAAACAGUUCAAUAGUAAGGUCAUACCUCAUGCAUGCUCUCAUUGCCAAUGCAAUCUAGUGAUGUUGAGUUGAAAGUGUCUGAUAGAGUUGAGAUAUGUGGCUGGCGUCCUGGUGAAAGGUAACUGGCGAGGAAGGAGAAGGACUCCCCUGGCAUUAACCCUAAAGAAGGCAAAGCUGACAAGUCCUGAAUGCCCUUUUUUGGUGUUGUAAGCGCAGUUCAGCACAGAGGAUCUGACUCUAUACAGUCUUACUUUGUUUGAAAAAGAGAAGGUGGCGACAUGUAUGUUCAGAGCGUUUCACAUUAAACUAGAGAAGAGGAACAAAAGACAGUGCUUUGAUCAAAUGAAAUCAAGAAAAGAUUAUUUUAAUACAGGGUUUUAUGUUGAAAGAGGUGUUGUAAUUUUUAGCUAUUUUUGGUAUGAAGAUAUAUAUUAGGUACUACAGUGGAUUGUACUGCUAGUUUUAGGUGGUGGAAGAGGACAGUGUGCACAGAUAUCGGGGGGCACUUUUGGUCAGUGUGCAGUUUUUUGGUGCUUUUUUUUUUUUUUUUUUUUUUUUCCCUGCCCACGUCCCCCCGUCUCACAGUACACACUUGUGCCUCUUAAACGGCCUGUGUCAGUAUAAAUGGACUCAUUUGAUCUACCUAUCCUCACCUUCACAUUCUCAUCAUUUCAACCUGAGGUGGAAUGUUGAAGUAUUGUCACAAGUGCUACCAAAAUGAAUGCAAUGUAUGGUGCCUGAAUUUUUUUCUUUUUUUUUUCUUUUAAAAACCUCGGUACAUUAUUAGCAACUUGUUGAGGUAAAGAAAAGAAUGUAGGUGUUGAUGAUUUGUAUCUAUCAUGUGCUUGGAUUCCCUGUAGGGUGUCUGAGUAUAUUGUUACCAGCUGACAAGCACAACAAGAGAUUUUCUAUGUCUUCUAAUUCGAUAAUGGGGUCUGUAAGUUGCAUUGACUGGCCAUUUCAUCUCUAAAAUGAUGCUGCCUCAUGUAGCUUUUGUACAGUAACUUAUGCAUGUAUUUUAAUGUCAUUGCAAACAUGCCUUUAGAACUGACAUAGAUGAUCCAAAACACAGUAUUCAGAAUGUUUCGAAAUGCAAAUCCUAGGUGAAAAUAAUUAAUUUCCCAAAAAUAAUUUACUAAAUUGAUCAGACUUGGGGGCUUUUAAUAUGCAUUUUGUUAAAAAAAGAAAAGAAAUGAAAAAUGGAUUGCCUGCAGGUCUGAAACAGUUGGCUGCAGUGAAACCAGAUGGUCGUGCCUGUUGUUAGGCUUUGAAAUUGACAGGUUGAUUGUAAGCUGACAAAAAAAAAGUGAUAUCAACUAGCAGACUGGAACAAAUCAAUGAGGACAUCAAUAUUAAGAAUCUGAAGGAUCUGAUGUAACAGCUAAGCAACCCACAUAAAAUACUGAAGCCUUAAUUUAAAAUAAUGAAGCUGUGUGUCAGCAGCGUGAUCGGGUGUUACCUCUACAUGUGACCGUUUCAGUUCUCCGGAUUUGUGUGUUCCACCAACAUUUCUACCAGGGCUUGUGCAUGUGUUCGUGUCAUGUGGAAGAGUUGUGUCGAGUGUGAAGAAACCCAACUUUCUGAGAGUUAAAGAGGAAAUGUUUUGGGUGAUGAUGGUAAAUGUCUGUGCUUGCGGGCCAGGGCAGCAACAUUUCUCCGGCUGCCAGGAGUUGGUCCAGCUGCUGGAUGUUGUUCUUUCGAUCCACAGGACAACUUCAGUCGGGUGACUUAAAAGUUGAGUUGGACAGGUGUUGAAAGCCUUCCAUCAGCCUUUGGCCCACAAGAACAGAGAGGACUCAUUUUCUGAGGAGAGACUGAGUGACUGACUGAGAAGAAUAAAAAGUGUAAAUAAAGAGCAGCCGGUUUAGAUGUCUCUAAAAGAGGCCGUAACAGUACACCAGAUUUUUACUUGUCAGAGUAUCUCCUAAAUGUUAUGGAAAAAACAAGAUGAGAUAGAUGUUAAAUUGUAAGAGAAAAAAAAUGUAUAUUAAACAACAUUUCUUAGUCUUGUUGAAAUAAAGACUGCCAAUAUUUAAAUGGGUUUGAAUGGUGUCAUUUUAUCAACACUGAUUGACUGGUAUGUAAAAGUCGACAGUUCAGGUGGGAGUCUGUCUGAAGUCGUCAACAGAUGAUGGAUUUUGUUGAAACCUUAUUAAGCUGAUGAUGAGUUUUUGUUAUUUGUUGUUGUAUUUGUGAAACACCACACAGUGAGCCUUUAAUAACCUCAGACUUGUAACAAAAAAGCAUUUCAGUUCACACAUUACACAACAUUACUUGUAGAGCUCUUUAAUAGGACUGAUAUGCAAUGGGUAACAUUCAUUAGAUUUGUUUCAGGAGGCUUUUUUAUAACAGCAGUUAAAGGGAUAGUCUGCCCAAAGAUAAAAAAUACAUAUGUUUUCCUCUUACCUGUAGUGCUGUUUAUCAGUCUAGAUUGUUUUGGUGUGAGUCGCCCAGUGUUGGAGAUAUCAGCCAUAGAGAUGUCUGCCUUCUCUCCGGUAUAAUGGAAGUAGAUGUAAUUUGAUGUUUCUUUGCAAAAAUCACGACCUGGUUACACAAAAUAAUUCACCCACCUUAUUGUGAGCAGUUUCAUGUCGGAACUAUUCUCUUUCUACCAAACAACACCAGCCUCCUUGUGACAGCAUUAGUUGUAAAUGUUAAUGGCGUCCUCCUCCACUGAGCUGUAACAUUAGCUAGCUCAGUGGUGCUAUGUGAGCUAGCACUAGAUGCAUGCCUCUCUUUGUAUGAUGAUUUGACCAGCCGGUGAAGUUUGGUAGAAAGAACAUAGUUCCCACAUGAUUGGAAUUCUGGAAAGAGACAUUGCUAGUCUAGUUCCAUUAUAUUGGAGAGAAGGCAGACAUCUCUACAGCUGAUCUCUCCAACACUCUGCAACACCAAAACAAUCUAGACUGGUAAAUAGUACUACAGGUGAAAGGGAAAAUGUCUCAGAUUUUGGGGUGAGCUGUCUCUUUAAAUUACUUAAAACUACAAACUACAACAAUCUAACACAUACGGUUUUAAACACUGGUCAUGGCCCAUCAGCCAAUUAAAGGCCAGGUAAAGACAAAAUGACUUCCUCAUUGACAUUUAAGGGCAGAACAUAAGAGUUGGCAGAAAACACCUUGCCUCUGUGUUACCUGUUUGUAAUGAUAUUUCAGUUUUUAUGUAAACUGUAUCUGCUGUGAACCAGUAAAAUUACCUUUUAAAGCUAAA